AGAAUUCUGCUCUUGGGCCUCCAGGGGACUGUGCCUGCCUGUAUUAGCUACCUCUCUUCCAGCCUUAUCCCUAUCCACGUUAGCCAAAGGAAUGCACGCCCCGUCUGAUUUUAAGGUCAUUUCCAAGGAGACUAACGCAUCAGGUCACACCCACAAGAAGCAGAGUGGGAGGACAAUUGGCUCUCCCACCCACCUUCACAGUGCUCAGACCCCAAACCGCUCUGAAAACGCUCACGCCCCCCAGAUCGAGUCCUCCAGGCAGCGCACUCUCCGCCCGGCAGGUGGCGCUGUGGGCGGGCUGGCAGUUUCAGCCGAGCGAGCAGAUCCCGGAAUCCCGUGCCGCCGCCGCCGGUGCUGCUUGGGUUUGAGCCGCACGUGCAGAGGCGCUCCUGGCCCCGGUGGUGGGUUGGCUGGGACCUCCGUAUGGGCGCCCGCCAUGGCCCCGCCGGCAGAGACGCGCGUGUUCCUGGAGGUGCGGAGACGGCUGCAGAGCGCGCUGCUGAUCCUGGGAGAGCCCAAAGAAGGAGGUAUGCCCAUGGAUAUUACCAUAACUCCCUCCUCGCUCCAGGUGAAAACCCCUGGAGGCUGCACAGAGAUCUGCCUUCCAGCAGAGGUCAGGCUUGUGCCUUCCUCUGGCCAUGGGCUGCAGUACGUGGCUGGAGAUGGACUACACCUGCGGCUGCAGGCGCGGACGGAAUUCAGCACAAAGCUGACUUCAAUGUUUAAUCAAAGCUCAGAAGCCCAAGACUGCUGCACAUUUUAUUGCCAGUCCUGCGGUGAAGUCAUAAUAAGGGACAGGAAGCUCCUCAGGGUGCUCCCGUUGCCGAUGGAAAACUGGGGAGCUCUAGUUGGAGAAUGGUGUUGCCAUGCGGACCCCUUUGCUAAUAAGCCCCUUCAUCCUCGAGAGAACGACUGUCUUAUUGGAGACGCUUUCUACUUGGUGAAUUUAAGAAGUGAUACGUGGCAGCCAAGUCCUCAAGUAGCUCCAGGGGAGAUGCACUGUCCGUCUUCCGAGAACCAUUUUAAAUCGAAACCAAAGGCAAAUACCAAAGUAAUUUGUAAGCGUUGCAAGGUAAUGUUGGGAGAGACCAUGUCAUCAGAAACCAUUAAGUUUUAUAUGACAGAGGUGAUUAUGCAGCCAUCUGAGAGAAAUUUUCCCAUCAUACCAAGGUCUCAGUUUGUACAGAGCACUGUCGCUCAGUGCCUAGUGGAACUCUCCUCUGCUAGAAGCACUUUUAGAUUCAGUGUUCAAGGUCAUGACAGCAAACCGUACAUCUUGCUAUGGCUUUUAAACUCAGACAGUUUGGUGAUUGAAUCUUUGGCGAGUUCCAGAAGUGUCAAAAAGUUUCCCUUGUUGGAAGACAUAUCGAAGGCAGAUUCCAGUUCUGCUCAGAAUGCUGUCAAAGUCCUCUACCAGCCAUGCAUCAAAAGUAGGAAUGAAAAGCUUGUCAGCUCCUGGGAAAGUGACAUCAGCGUCCACUCUCUGACCCUGCCCUCUGCAACCUGCUUGGAGCUGCUGCUGAUAUUAUCAAGGAAUAACACCACGCUGCCUCCGUCCCUUCGCUGUAUGAAUUCCUUUCAGAACUUGAUAUAGAGACUCAGCAGGAAGUUGAUAUGGAAACUCAGCAGGUGCCUUUCUUACCAGCACUGCAUGAAGAGGAACAUCCUUCUGAAUUACUCAACAUAAAGCAGAUGCUUUCUGCCCUGCAUGAUUCUUUUCCCUUCCACCUAACAAGCGUCAUUAAAUGCAUGCCUCCUCUGGCUGUGUUCGGGGACUUAAGAACCACUAAGAGUGGAGUGCUGUUACUUCUGUUGCUUACUCUUUCCCCCCAGAAAGGCCUAGGUUGACCUUCUCAACUGUCCCAUACUUCCUGGUCUUUAUCUCUGAUCUACAUCCCAUCUCUGCCUGAUAUUGGCACAGUCCCCAAUUUAUUAUCACCCCUGAACCAAAACUUUCUAAACAAUUAUGAUUGACUUUAUGAUGUUUGUUUCUGUGUUAUUUAAAAUGAUUGUGAAAUUAGAUGCAUUUGAUCUGGGCCUUAUUAAAUAGUCAGAACAUGUCUUGUGCCUAUGCCUGUAUGAAUUAAAAAAUUUUAAAACACUGAGUUUUAGGAUUGAUCGCUGCUGAUGAUUGAGUGUGGUUAAAAGCAUUGGCAUGACCUGAGGAGAAGCUGGUAUAGUUGCCAAGAGUGACAAGGAGCUGGACUUGCCCAGGGAUCUUUAGGACGCAGAAUUCUGCUUAUGGGAGUUCUGAGCAGUUAUUUGAACCAAUGGGAAAGAGACCUGGGUUACUUCACAGCAAUACAACUUUAGUGUCAAUUAAAACUUUUAUUUUUUUCUUUAAAGUGUAUGCGAAUCAUUUAAAUUACUCUAUGAUUCAUUUUAGAAGGACUAAUUGGCUCCUUCUGUAAAAUGGUAAUGUCUGGCCAAAGAAUCUUUUUAGAUCAACAUGCGUCCUUAUUGACCACACUUACCCAGCCAUUUCAUCAUGUUAGAUAAGUAAAGCGCUGGGGGGUUUUCUUCCUU